AUGGACCGCUAUGAGGUCAUUGACAAGAUUGGAGAAGGAACGUACGGAGUUGUAUUGAAGUGUAGGGAUAAAGAGAGUGGAGAGUAUGUGGCCAUCAAACAAUUCAAAGAGAAUGAUCACGUUUUCCGAAAACGAGGACGACUUCAUCUUGUAUUUGAGUUCUAUGAAAUGAAUAUGUUGGAACAUCUCUCGCUGCAACCGGAAGGAUUUCCAGAAGAAAUUGUAAAACUAUACAUGUAUCAAUUAGUCAAAGCAAUUGCAUUCUGUCACGACAACCAAGUUAUACAUAGAGACAUCAAAUUGGAAAAUAUAAUGAUUAAUAGCAACAAGCAACUCAAACUAAUUGAUUUUGGGUUUGCUCGAACGAUUCCUAAAAAAGAAACAGAAUUUACAGAUUACAUUGCUACGCGGUGGUACAGAUGUCCGUCUCUUUUGCUGGGAUGUAAACAUUACGGUCCUGAGGUGGACAUUUGGGCAAUAGGAUGUAUUAUGGCUGAGCUACUUACUGGUAAACCUUUGUUUCCAGGACAUUCUGAGAUAGAUCAGCUUUACCUUAUUCAAAAAUUACUAGGACCUUUGACAAAAGAGCAAACGAAAAUGUUCUUCAAAAACCCAAUGUUCAACGGAUACAAAUUUCCUGACAUGACAGCCUGUGAAGGAUUGGAACGAAGAUUUCUUGGGAAAGUUUCGAAAAGCGGGCUGCUGUUUUUGAAAGGAUGUUUAAAAAUUGAUCCAAAAGAAAGGUUUACAGCCACAGACUGUUUAAAUCACAAGUUUUUUGAAGGUAUGGCAGAUUUUGGAAGGCAUUCGAAUCAUCCUACUAGUGAAACCAGUGUUGAAACAAACACAAUACCGAAGCCGAUCCUCGGCUCAUCAACAAGCAAAGGAAAUAUACUUCAAUCUGUAAAUUAUUUAGAACAACAUGAAAAUGUAAAUACAGCAAGAAAGAAAAAGACAAUUACAAAACCUUCCGAAAUGAUGACAGGAUGUUUGGAAUCAGUGGAUGACUACCAACAACCAGAAUUUGAUGCUUCCAUUUUACAAGCGAACAAACGAGCAAGAUCCAGGCAAGGUGGAAGAGAUUUCGAUGAGGACAUCUCUCGCUCUCAGUCGAGGAGUGAGAAGCGUAAACCAAAAUUAAGCGAUGUCCACCUUCAAAAACUACCACUGCCGAAACCAGUGCAAACCAAAACCACCUUAAACAAGCUUCCAUACUCCAACACAUACGAAAAGAAAAAACCAGUCUCCAGUCAAAAACUGAGACAUCUCCAGCCGGUGGACAACAUUCACUCAAAAGGUCAAUUUGAAGUAAUUGAGGAGCACGUUGAUCAAGAAAACGAGCAUGCUGGGAAACAGUUUUUAGCCCACAAAAAGGAACUAAACAGAGCUCCAUCUUCGUUUUCAGACAAUCUCGCACAUGAUGAAGCAACAGCAUCACCAAGAGUGGCAGGAGAAAAAGUUGUAAAGACAAGGAAAAGCAAGUCGAAUUUAACACUUCGAAGCUCGAUUAAGAAUGGUUUUAGUGCAUUAGAACAGCCAAAAACAACGAACGUUGGAUGCCUUUCUCCUAUCAAAGCUCUUCCAAAGCUUUAUCAUGUUAGUCCGCAGUCUCAUCCAAUUUUAGGUCUUCAGCAAGGAAGAAAGUCAUCCUCCUCGAAAAAACUUCCUCUUGGAAAUGCUCUUGAGCUUGGAAAUAUCGACGAUUUGGAGAAAGAUCUGCUCGAUCACUUUUGUGGAGACAACAGUCCGGUUACAAUAAUGAACGAUGUUUCACAAACUCAUUCCAGAAUCAAAACACCUCCAGCAUCGCUGAGAAAUGAUCCUCAUUCUCAACACAGAGUGCAUCUAAAACCAAUUCAAAUAAACAACUAG